AUGAGUCGUCGGGAACCGCCACGCGGGCAUAGGCCUGCCAUUGAUACCUCCGUGAGCCGGGCCUGCGGUGUAGCCCAUUGGAAGAGUAGAGAAACCCAAAUGGUUAUAAUGGUGGGCCCGCUUGGCGUGGUGGCGCUCCCUCUUGUGGGCGUUCUGGUGGCCGCCGAGGGCUUCCGAUUUUUUGUCGGCUGUGGGGCCACCAAACUCUUUGCCGAAGAGCCUGAUGGCUCCGGACUCGGUGGUGGUUGGCCUUUCUCGAGCAGGCAGCGGGCGGAUGAGCGGAAGCUGAGAGAAAGACUCGACGGCCAUCUGGUCGCGAGUCUCUCUCUCGGCCUUAAGGAAAAAUGUUAUGGUGUGAUGGGGAAGGAGAAAGAGAUAGAGGGGCUACUGUAUAGUUUAGCAGCUGUACCAAAUAGAGUCAUGGAUAUAUAUGAUUGCUUUGUUGGCUUCAUGGUUGGGUUGGGGUCCCCUCUCACUCUAAUCAGUAGUACUCCAUCGUCAGGAUCAGCAGCUGACACAAUCAUCGGUCAGUCAUAA